AUGAGUAUGUCCAUCCCCCUCCAAGCCAAGUUCUUUUUCAAGGGGUUGUGGAGCCCGAGUGUGGACGAUGUUAUCCUCUCAACGGCCAUCAGGAUGAAAUCUGUCCGCGGAUGGAAUGGGAAGCAAGUGCCGGCUGAGGUUUUCUUCGAAGCAAGCCACGCGGUUCUCACGAAAUUGGGUUGUAAGCUCACUCCUGAUGAUAUCAAAGAGCGAAUGCAGUUCUUCGAGCUGCGAUAUCGUACAUUCAAGGCUGUUGUGGCGACUUAUGGAGUAACAUGGGAUGUGAAAGACCACAUCAUUCAGGCAGAUGAAGCUGUGUGGAAAAAAAUCUUUAAGUAUCAGCCGUUCGCCGCUGCUUACUUCCACUGUGACGAACUUGAUUUCUCCCGUCUCGCUAUUGUAUUUGGCAUGGAGGACGUCAAGGUCGAAGAUUCGCCAAAUGUGAUCGUUAUCUCUGACUCCACUGAAAUUCUGUCUCCACGGUUUGUGCAUACCAUCACCACGCCCACUGAUCCUGGCGAAGUGAACUCACCUCUUAUCACUGUGAGUGGUUCGGUUCGUCGCAAGCUAUUCGAUGAAGAAGGGGAUUCUCGCGACCGUGAGUCCAACAAUGGCCAUCUCCCGCCCUAUUAUUCUCCUCCGAACGGUGUGAAACUUGAUUCGUCAUUGGGAAAGCCAAAGCUAGAUGACAUCGUCAAACAACUGACUCCUCCAGAUUGCUCGCCAAAUGUGUACUCAUCCGCUUCUUGGAGCCCUUUUGGUGGGUAUAGGAAGCACUGA